GCCCCACAAUGGAGCUCCUUGGAGUUACAACCAUGCUACUAUUAGUCUCUGUGAUUUUCCUGCUCUUUAUUUUAUCUCAAGGCAAGAAACAGAACAAGUUGAGGUUGCCCCCUGGUCCCACUCCAUUGCCUUUUCUGGGAAAUAUUCUACAGCUCAAUAAAAAAGAGGCUUUCAAGCAUUUUAUUAAGCUUGCAGAGCAGUACGGUCCGGUAUACACCAUCCACAUGGGGAUGAAGCGCGUUGUGGUGCUCUGUGGAUAUGAUGUGGUGAAAAAAGCACUGAAUGACAAUGGAGACGUGUUCAGUGGCCGGGGGCACAUGCCACUGCUAGAGAAGAUAAGCUGUGGAGGUCAUGGUGUUGUCGGCAGUAACGGUGAGCGUUGGAAGCAGCUUCGGCGAUUCGCUCUGAUGACAUUGAGAAACUUUGGGAUGGGGAAGAGGAGCAUUGAGGAAAGGAUCCAGGAAGAAGCUUAUUUUCUCACAAAGGAAUUCCAUAAAACCAACAGUCAGCCCGUGGAUCCCACCUUCUUUUUCAGCAAAGCUGUAUCCAAUGUAAUCUCCUCUGUGGUUUUUGGAAAUCGUUUUGAAUAUGAAAGCAAGGAGUUUCUCACAUUGCUCAGUCUCUUUAAUGAAAUAUUUCGAGGUUUCAGUUCAGUUUGGGCACAGAUGUACAACGUUUAUCCAAGCAUUCUGGAGAAGUUACCAGGGCCCCACAAAGCAUUCUUCAAAGCAGUAGAUAAGAUUCAGGAAUUUAUUGCUGAAAGAGUUAAAAUGCACCAAGAGACUCUGGAUGCAAAUUCUCCCAGAGACUUUAUUGACUGCUUUCUUGUGAAGAUGCAGCAGGAAAAGGCUGAUCCUAACUCCGAGUUUCACUUGACUGCUCUUAUUAACACCACCUUUGAUAUGUUUGGGGCUGGCACAGAAACCGUCAGUACUACCCUACGUUACGGUCUGAUGAUCCUUCUCAAGCACCCAGAUGUGGAAGAGCGCAUACACCAGGAGAUAGACCAAGUUAUUGGCAGAAACAGAGCCCCAUGUAUCGAAGACCGUUCUCGCAUGCCAUACACCGACGCAGUCAUCCAUGAGAUUCAGAGAUUCAUUGACCUCUUACCUCUUGGAAUUCCACACAAAGUGAGCCGAGACAUUGAAAUCCAGGAUUACGUUAUUCCAAAGGAUACCACUGUCUAUCCAGUGCUUAGCUCAGUCCUGCAGGACCCUAAGCAGUUUAAAUAUCCCCAUGAAUUCAACCCGGGCCAUUUCCUGGAUAACGAGGGGAAAUUCUUCAAAAAUGAUGCCUUCAUGCCAUUUUCCUCUGGAAAGCGGAUCUGUGUCGGGGAGGGCUUGGCACGGAUGGAACUCUUUCUGUUUUUCACCAACAUUUUACAGAACUUCACUCUGAGGUCCUCGGUGGACAUAGAAGAGCUAGAUCUGACUCCAGAGGUUAGCGGAUUUGGAAAUUGUCCUCGUAACUAUCAAUUGUGCUUCAUUGCUCGCUAAUUGUGAAACAGAUUUAAUGGCUUUUCUAGUUGUCUCGAUUUUUAUAUUACAAAGAAUCAAUGUUUGCACUAGAUAUUUCUACUGAGCAUUUCCAUUAUAAUAAUGGUAGUCGAUAGAUGGCGUUCCACUACUCAGAAAUGCUUUGGAUAAAACAAUGAAAUAUUAACUAAAAAUAUAUCAAUAAAUACAUAUAUAUAUAUAUAUAUAUAUCUAUGUGCUUGUAUAUAUAAUAUAUGACUGAAAGUUAGAGAAAACAAGUAAUGGGGAACAUGAUGUACCUUAAAAGACUUAAUAUGUAUUAAUAAUUAUCACAUCUUUUCUUUCAUGUGAAUACUUUAUCAUUCAUUUUAUAAAAUGAUUAUUAUUGCUAUGAGUAUG